AUGCCUGUUCCGCUUUGCUCUGCUCUGGUCUGGACUCUACCGUCCCGCGUGUGCUUGCUCCAGCUGGCAGGCGGGAAGGUUGAGAAGGAAGUUUCCGAAGACCCGGAGGCUGCGGCUGCGGCUGGGGGCCUGGCGGGAAAAAAAGAGGAGGAGGAGAACGAGGAGAGCAGCAAGUUGUUGCGUUUCAAGUUUCGGAGGGGCAGUAAAUCAGCCGCGCCGAUGAGGCCAGGCAGACUAGACGCAAGAUGCAGGUCGCAAGGACGCAACUGGCCGAGGCUGAAGGAUGGGUGA